AUGGUAUCAGUUAGGUUAGGAUCCUGUGGGAUCCCGUUCCGCCGUUCUCCGUUCCCCGCCCCCCCCCCCCCCGUCGCGUCGCCUUCCCCCCCCCUCGAGUCGCGCCCGUCCCUUUCCCCCUGUCGCGUCGCGCUCCCCCCGUCGCGUCGCGUCCGCGCCUUCCCCCCGUCGUGUCGCCUUCCCCCUGUCCCGUCGCACCCGCCCCUUUCCCCCCGUCACGUCGCCCUCCCCCUGUCCCGUCGCACCCGCCCCUUUCCCCCCGUCACGUCGCCUUCCCCCUGUCCCGUCGCACCCGCCCCUUUCCCCCCGUCACGUCGCCCUCCCCCUGUCCCGUCGCUCCUGCCCUCUCCCCCCGUCGCGUCGCCCGUCCCGCAGCGCCCGCCGCUGUCGCUCGCGACCGCGCUCGUCGCCGCCGCGCCUGCCGCCGUCGCCCGCCCCCUGCGCGCCUCGCUGCGGCCCCGCCGUCGUCGCCCGCCGCUGCGCGCGUCGCCGCUGCGCCCCCUGCCGUCGCCCGCUGCGCGCGCUGCUGGCCCCUGCUGCCGUACGCGCUGCCAUCGCCCGCCGCUGCGCCCGUUCUCGUUCUCCGCUGCUUAG